AUGGGCGAAGACCUCCUCUCCAUUGUCUUCAAGGACAAGUCAUACAAGGGCAGAGCCAUCAGAGCAGCGGCAAAGCUCUUCACAAAUGCGGCGCCCAUCGUCAAGACCAUCGAGGCCGGCAACGGGAUCAUCAAAAUCGGCGAGACGCUGUCCAAGGCCAAUGAGCUGGCCGGCAGAGUCAAUGACUUCGCCCCCAGGGCGAACCAAAUGGCCGAUGGCCUCAACAGAUUCAUCCCCGCCAUGCAGGUCAUGGGCCAGUCCGUGUGCGAUAGCGCCCGGAUAUUUGCGUAUUUCAACAUGAUUGCCACGACGGUUCGCAUCGGCGUCAACAUGGUCCAGACGUAUCAGGGGAUCCAGGCGCUUCAGCUUAUCGCCGCCAAGCUGCAGGACAUUUCGGUCAGCCUCGCCGCGCAAACGGCGCUCAUCGCCCAGAAGGAGUUUCCCGACUAUGUUCACAGCAUGAUUCGGGAGCGGCUCAUGCAGACGUCGGAUGACGCAUCGGUCAAUCACUGGUUCUUUCUAUGGCAUCCGGAUGACGAUUGGUAUCCCAGGUUCUUCCAUCUGCUGGAGGAGAAGCCGCUGGGGACCAGGUUUUGCGGUUACACCAACCAGAUCGACUCCGUCUUCGUCUUCAUGAUUGCAGCCAGGCGGCGCAUCAACGAAAUGGAGUACAAGGCGCGCCGGCGUGGCCAUCCUCUUCGCCCAACGCGGCUGCAUCUCUUGGUGCCCGCAUACCAGCCGAUUCUCAUUGCCGAGGCCCUCAAGAUUCCCGAAGAGAUUGGCGACUUUGUCAUGGAAGGCCGCAUCAACAGCAAUCGGGAAUUCGUCUGGCUAAACCUGCCCGACGACCAGCGACACUACACGCUCAACAUUGGCCAGUGGGUUCCUCCGAACCAGGGCUGGCUGACAUGGGCCGCGUCAAAGAUUGGGCUUGGGGAAAAGGCGCCCAAGCUGCGCACGCCCAGAGCCCUCGGAUACAGUCAGAUCCCAUUCGAAGUUGAAGCACAACCUCUGCCUGCUCAUGAGGACGACGACGGGAGCAGUACCCUGGUGAACCCCUCAAUUGCUCCGUCCGAAGUCAGCCUCCUGGAGGACUCGGACAGAUCAAAAGAAAAAGAGAAGGAUAAAAGUCGACGACAGGCGACGCCAUUACAUCAGCGCGAGCGCCGGCAUCGCAGCAGCAGAAGGAAUUGA